AUGAAGAAAGAGGAUCCGGAGGUUGAAUUUUUUUCAUAUUUUUUUGAAAAAAAUAAGUUUUUUUAGAAGAGCCUCUCGAUAAUGCACCGACUGCCGGCGGCGGAGGAACCUUUCGGAGAGCUCGAAAAAGUUUUCAUAUUUUUAGAGAAAUAUCAAAAAAGGGAUUUAGAGGCUACGGGAAUUUUAUUUUUAUCAUGGUUUUUUGCCUCGCGAAGACUUGAAAUACGUUCUGAAGGUGUCCGGUGAUUAUUUGCUCCGCGUCAGUGAGGUGGUCAACUCUUUCAGACUUACAAAAAUGUAAUAACUGUGAAAUUAUUUGAGAAUGGUGAAUCUCGGGCAAAGUUGGAAUGGCGGAUAAUGGCCGCUAAAAGGGGGAGGCUCAAAAAAGGCCCCAAAAAGGGCGCAAAAAAAGUCCCUUUACCGAGCCUUCCAUUUUUCUGGGUUUUAAAGGCUCGAGAAAUGGUGAAAAAAGGGAGAGGCAGCAAAAAUGGUGCAUAAGGGCUGAGAAAAUGGCGCAAAAAGGCAGCAAAAAGGAGCAUUUCUAUGGAGCCUUUUUUUCCACCCUUUCCGACUUUUUCCUAUGAUUUAACAGGGUUGCCAGUUUCGAAAUCAAAAAAAUUGAUAAAUUUUGUUUUUUCGAUCUUUCACUACGGUAAAUACCAAAAAAAGGAACUGAAUGCUUCAAAACACCGCUUUUUUGCCAUUGAGAAGUGUUUUUUUUCCGGUUAUUUUUCACGAAUUUCACUGUCCUACCUCCUCAUACCACUGCGCGUAAGUAGGUUCUGCUCCGGCGCGCUGAAAAAUUUUCUAAAGGCGAUUCUCCACAAUGCAUACAGCUAUUCUUUCCGAAAAAUAAAAAAAUUGGAAGGACGUUAGCCCCCCCGCCUCCCGCGCCUUUUGGACGAAAAAAAUAGAUUUACGGGGAAAAAAAUAUUGCGAUGAUGUUGAAGUUAUUUUUUUCUACAUGAAUCUGUAUUCGAAAAAAAUUGAAAUUUUCGUCUUGGAAAGUUCUUUAAAGUUCAUUCGCCACGACUUGAACGUUUCUGCCUUGUCUGCGCUCUCUUUUCUCUGAACGGCUCUAGCAGAGAUCAACGGAAAGAGCACAUAAACACAAGAGAGCGCAAAGAAGAGAGACUUUUUAAGUUCACAAUGAAGUCUUUGUCAUUCAAAAUUCCAAAUUGAGUUAAAAAAUCAGAAAAAAAAUAGUUUGAAAAACUUUAUUUUUCGGAAAACGGUUUAUUUUUAAAUUUGAGAUCGACGAGGCAAACGGAAAAAUUCGACGUGAAGUGAUUCUAUCAUUGGUGCCGGUGGAUAACAAGGAAAACAAAGAUAAAGAUGGAAAAAGCGAAGGAAAGAUCGAAGUCAACGGGAAGAUGAACAGUUCUGCUCGUACUAAACAAGUCUCUCAUAAGUUUUUUUUCUAAAAAGAAAAAUGGAUAAUUGAAGAUCUAUCGGAACGUUAUCGUCAAGCGCCAUGGCUUGCAUUUCUAUGUGGAGAAAACGAGAUCGUUUGAAACGAUCGGAGAACUUAUCGAUUACUACAAAGCCAAUAUGGGACAUGUCAACUCGGUAAUUUUGAAGAAAGUACUCGGGCAAAGUUGGAAUGACCGCUUAAAGGCAUAGGGGCAGUAAAAAUGGGGUUUGAGGUGAAAGCAGUAUCUUAUAUAGUUUUUCUUUGCGAAUCGAACGGUGUACUCAAAACAAUUAAAGAUGUGACAACUUUAGAAGAAAAACGCGAUUUUACUUUCCCGCCUUUAAUUUUAAAAAUGCUUUGGAUCGGUAUGCAGACAAAUGUUUACAGUAGCCGUGCACGCGAUGUUGCGGACGUCUCAUUAGACUCGCAUUUUGUGAGAAAUAACCGGAUAUCUGCUUCAAAUUAAGGGUUUCUUUUCUGAAAAAAACAUUUAGUCAAACAGAAAACACACACUGAUAAUAAAGAAAACACAAUAUAUCGCUAUCCCAAUCGAAACCUGUGUUAAAUCAUCAUUUUUCACCAGAAAAGCAUUUUUGCGAUCAAAUUUGGCAAAUUAUACAUGAAUAGAAAGCUUUUGUGACGAAAAGAACUUCGGUGACAACAGAAAAAAAAAUUGAAAAUUAAAAGAAACGGAGAAAAAAGCGAAAAUCCGGAAGAUGGCGAAGCCUGUUGUCCAUUGAGCAACUUUACUGCAAAGCGCCCUUCUUGCGGGAACUCAAACGUUCCUUUCUCCAACUUCGAAUUAUUUUUCUCCAAAACUAGGAAGUUCUGUAAGUUUCCAAGUUCAUCUUUCGAUUCGCAAUGAAAAGCUUUAUAAAUAACCGCUUUGAACUAGAACACCGUUUUUUACUGCCCCUAUGCCUUUAAAGGGGAGAGGCUCAAGAAAAGCCGCAGAAAGGCCGUAGAAAGGCCGCAAAAAGGGUCCCUUUAUCAAGUCUUCCAUUUUUUCUAGGAUUUUAAAGGGUCAAGAAAUGGUGGAGAAAGGGAGAUGCAUCAAAAAUGGUGAAUGAGGGCCGAUGAAAUGGCGCAAAAAGGCAGCAAAAAAGGAACCUUUCUCACCUUGAAAGGAACAUUUCUAUGGAACCUUUUUCCACCCUUUCCGACUUCGCCUUUAAUUUUUUCUCAAGUUUAAAGAUUUUAGAUCAGUUUCUUGCUUAAAUGCCCCAUUCCACUUCAGUCCUGGGAAUUUUUGCACAAUGAAGUGACGGUGAAUUUUCUCUUCUUUUAAUUUUCAAGGGUCGUUUUUAAAAAAUCAUGAUUAUUUUUCGAUGAGUUAAAGAUAAUUCAUAUUUUAGAGUUUCUCAUCGCAUUACCAAAAAAAUAUCUUUUUCGAUUUUCGAAAAAAACCUGUUUUUUUAUAUUUCAAGUUCGCGCCAAGACAGGGAAGGCACAUUAAUUUACACAAUUUCGCCUACCGUAAUCCAUUUUUUGCCCGAUACAUUCCAAAAACAUGUGAACAAUGAAGAUUUUUUUCUGAGCAAAACAGAAAAAAAUGAGAAAAAAAAAGUUUUGUCCAUAGAGCAACUUUGCCACAAGAUGCUUAGUUCCUGAGAAUCCUAACUUUUUUUUUCCCUCCUAUAGCCGAUUCAUGGUUAGCUUGGGACGCUAAGAGGCGUGGCCUGUCUGCGCUCUCCUUAAACCAGACACUAACCCUUUAGUUAUCGUGUCAGGACCCUUUUUUCGAUGGCUCUAAUAAGCCGUGAAUCAACUAUACUUUGAAGUGAUUUUUCAUCAAAAAUAGCAACUUUUGUAAAAUUUAAAGUACUUUUUCAGAGUGUUUUAAAUUUUCAUGUUAUCGCUUUCACGAAAAAUGAGAAGCUCUUCAAGAUGACAUUGUUAAUAAAAACCUCCCCAUUUCAAAAUGAACAUAUAAAGUUGAUUCAAAAUAAUAUUCCAGUUAGGAAACAUUUUGGGCGCGGGAGCUUUUGGAGAAGUUCACGCUGGAAAAUUGAAAACUAGUGCUGGGUCGGUCUACGAUGUCGCCGUCAAAGUGGUUCGCCCCUCUUCCUCUGAAACUUCUGACGACCUUUUUUGUGAUCCAGACAAAAGGAGCAGCUGUGCUGAACAAGCAGAAAAUCAAGGAAAUGAUGAACGAGGCGAGAUUCAUGCGCAAUUUCACACACAAAAACGUUGUCCGAAUGCACGGCGUGGCUGUGAAUGAACAGCCAAUCUACAUCCUUCUAGAACUUGUCAAAGGUUUUUGGGUUCUGACUAUUGGAUAGCUUCAUCGAAGUUUUAAUUCUGUUUCAAAUGAAAAAGCAUAAAUGAAGUGAAAAUUUUGAUAAACUUUAUUCGUCACUGGGAAAGUUUUUAGGGGCCACUAUAGUAGUCAUAUUAAUGGCCACUUGAUGGGUUAAAAGUUAGUGGCCACUAUAGAGGUCUAAGUGCUACUACUAGACCACUAAAAGUUUUAGUGGCCACUUUACGGGUUAAUGGAUCAACUAAAACUGGUCCAAUCUGUUUGUUUUAGAAUUAUCACGGUUACUGGAAGGAGUACUGAAUGAAAAACUACUGAAGUGGCCACUAAAACGGAAAAUAGUGGCCACUGUAGAGGUGGAUUUAGUGGCCACUUUAGUGUACUUUCCAAGUAAUCCUUGGCGAGCCUCUAUAGUGGCCACUAAAAAUGUUCCCAGCAGUGUUUAGAAACAGUCUAACCUCUCUGCGCUCUCUUCUCUCUCACCGCUGAAGUCAGAAAAAAAAGAGAGCGCGCAGAGAAACUAGACUUUUUCAGAUCAUUACGAACGGAUUUUGGCUUUUCAGGCGUUUUUCUCUAUUUUCCAACUAGCUUGUGUCAAAUUUUGCGGAUUUGCAAACCAUCGUGGUCGCACUUGGAAUGGCUCGACGCGUGGCGGCUGCGUAGCGGUUGAUUAAGCCAAUCCCGACUCUAGGCGACUUGUGCGUGAAGCAAACGGAAGUUGUGAACACUGUAGCCUUUUUUUCCAUCCGCAACGCUUUGAGCCAUUCCAAAUGCGACCUCGUAUUUUCAAAUUGAGUCAAUUUUUUUUCUCUCCUAAAGCGAUUUUCAAAGUUUCUCAUUCAGGCGGCUCCUUGUCAAGUUAUUUGAUCAAGAACAAGGGGAAUGUUACUGUUCAAGAGAAAGUAGGAAUAACUCUUUUGAAGAAAUAAAUUAAUUUUUGAAGAUAAAAAUGUGCUCGGGAGCCGCUCAAGGGCUUGAAUAUCUGCACGCCAAUGGCUGUAUCCAUAGGUUGGAUUUUUUUCCGAUUUUCGAAUUUUGGAACAUUUUUUUAAGGGAUAUCGCAGCACGAAAUCUACUUUACGCGAGUAAUGAUAAAUUGGUGAGAUUUUUCCUGUUAUUUUUCAAGAAUUUAUUAUAACUUAAGGCAAAAAUAAGCGAUUUUGGACUUUCGAGAUCUGGUCCACACUAUAAGCCAAAGGUGAAUUUUGUACAAAAAAAUCUGGAAAAUGGAAUUUUUUUUCAAGUCGGCCUGCAAAGUGGCAAUCAAGUGGCUGGCCCCCGAAACCAUCGUCACCCUUUCUUUUACGUAUUCUACCGAUGUUUAUAGGUUAUUCGAAGUUUUUUAGCUUGAAUUAGUAUGUUCGCACGAGGAACGGCUCAAGUUUCGAAAUGCGCUAGAUACCAAAAGCUUAGAAACUCCAGAGCGGUCCCUUUAGGAGCAUUUUAGAGGGCCUUGAAGUUUCCCAUCGAAAUCGUUAUACCUCUCCCUCUUGGGGCCACUAAAGCUUGUAAAGUGGCCCUUGUAGGGAUCUUAAUUAGCGGCCCCUUUAGGGACAAGCUAUUCGACAACCAAAAUAAGAACCAUCUAAAUUUUACCCCUAUAGUUGGCACUUUUUUGGCUUUUUUUUUACCCUAAUCUCUGUAGGGACCACUAUGGCGUUCCUAAGAGAUUAUCGGAGCUCAACAUAGAAAGUUUUAACUACAAGACAGUAGAUCUUAUUCUGACCGCAACGCGGCCGCGACGCGUUUAGCCAUUCCAAAUGCGAUCAAAUAUUUUCAACUUUGGAUCCAUUUUUUUAUUUUUAGGUCAACCUUGUAUUUUUUUUUUCAGCUAUGGUGUAAUGAUUUACGAAGUUUUUACGGAUGGAGCCGAACCUUGGGAAGGACUUUCGAAUUCCGAUGUUAAAGUGAACGUUUGUAUUCAUUUUUCACAGCUUCAAAAUAAAAUAAAUUUGCGCAGGUUUGUACGGGAAGGUUUUUGAAAUUGCCCGAAUCCUCUCCGGAAAGUGUCAAGAACGUGGUGAAGAAGAUUUUCGUCAAGGAAAAUCGGAUAGCCAUGCCGGAGGUUCCUCUCAAUCAUAUUUAGAGAAAGAAAGGUUAGAGAAAAUGAUUGAGGUUGUCAAACUAAUCGAGGCAGCUUCGCUGGAAGCUCAACAAAAACUUGAAACUCUACAAAAAACGGAACCUCUGCCGAAAGCCCGCACACCGCCCGCAGGAAGGGUCCGUUGUUUCAGAAAUUCCUUUUUUAGGGCAUUAGACCAGAAAAUAUGCGUUCUUUGAAGCUUUUCAUUGCACUGAAUUCCGUUUUCAUGAGAAAAAUGUGACUUGUUCAGCCCGAGACGGUCACGUUAUUAAAACACAGCGAAAAAGGCUACCGUAAACACAGAUUUUUUGAGCUUUCGAUUCGAAAUUCUACAAAAACCAAAGGUUUCAAAGCGAGAUUCGCUUCAAAGGUAGACGUUUUUUCUUUGGAAAAAAAAUAACUGACAUGCGUAAAUGGUCUUAUAACGCUAGGAAACCAAUAUUUAAAAAAAAAAGGUUUUUUUUUUGAUUAAUUUAGCGGCAAGGAAACAAAGUUGCGUACCGUAAUCUAAUUUUUUUUACAAAGAAAAGGUUUCGAGAAGGCUGCAUAGAUCAUGACGUAACAGGAAAAAAGUUGGAAAAAAGAACCAAAGGAAACGGGAAAUGACGACGAAUUUUGUCCAUAGAGCACCAUUGCUUUGAAAUUCAUUUUGUGCCUAAAUUUCUUGUUUUUCCUUCGACUUGAUGCCGUGUUCAAAGUAGUUUCAGCGAUUUUAAAAUGGACGCGUUAUUCGUUUAAAAUUAUUUUGAGAAAUAGGCAAAAUUGGAAUUCCGAGAGGGCGUAGGCGAAAUGAGUCCUACAACGAUAUAUCGCAAGAUAUUAAUUUUUGAGUUUUUUUACAAUGAGUUUUACGCGCGGAUUUGAACUUUUUUUUUUCGUAGAAAAUGCAAAUUCGCGCGUAGGAAAAUUGCGAAGAAAAUUGCGCAAAUCAUUCCGAAAUUUUGAGUUCGCGCGUAAAAGUUACAGUAGUCCCACUCGCAUGCUGAGCAGGUGUCUCAACGGGUGUAUCCGUAUUAAACCCGUGUUUCUGAGGUUAUUUUUAGUCUCAGUUGGGCUAAAAACGGGGGAACAACGGGUGUAAGAAAAAAAUAGGUAACCCAGCUGGGCUAAAGCGGGGUCUCAGUUGGGCUAAAAAGUGCCAAAAGUUCUAUCAGCUGGGCUUAUACGGGUUUAAUACGGGGGCACCCGCGGAGACCCCGUGUUAGCACGGCGGGGUUACCCUGCUCAGCAUGCGAGUAUAUAUGAGUCCUACAACGAUAUAUCGCAACUCGCAUGCUGAGCAGGUGUCUCAACGGGUGUACCCGUAUUAAACCCGUGUUUCUGAGGUUAUUUUAGUCUCAGUUGGGCUAAAACGGGGGAACAACGGGUGUAAGAAAAAUAGGUAACCCAGCUGGGCUAAAGCGGGGUCUCAGUUGGGCUAAAAAGUGCCAAAAGUUCUAUCAGCUGGGCUUAUACGGGUUUAAUACGGGGGCACCCGCGGAGACCCCGUGUUAGCACGGCGGGGUUACCCUGUUCAGCAUGCGAGAAGGUUUGCAUUUUUACGGUGAGUUUUACGCGCGAAUUUGAAAUUUUAGUGGAAAUUUCUCGAUUAUGCCGUGUUCAAAGUAAUUCCGCGAAAUUCAAAAUAGCCGUCAGAGAAAGAGAAAGAUAACUAAAUUUUGGAGGGUCAGAGACCAUUUUGCAUUUCGCGGAAAUUACUUUGAACACGGCAUUAACUCCUAAAUUUUGAGUUCGCGCGUAAAAGUUACAGUAAAAUGAAUAUCUUUCGAUAUAUCGUUGUAGGACUCAUUUUUUCUGCGCCCUCAGAAUUUCAAAUUUUUUUGGCCUAUUGUCCGAAUUCAUAUGUACGCGUCAAUUUUGAAAUCGCCGAAAUUUAAAAUUAUCUCUGUGUCUCCAAAUUUUUCAAUAUUUUUUAUUCCUUUGACAUAUAUUUUCAGUUACGCGGAAUUACUUUGAAUACGGCAUUAUUUUCCUUUAAAAAUAGGCUUUUUUGUGAUUUUUCAAGUAGAACUUGUUUCAUAUAUACCUCAAUUUUUAUUUAAAUCACUGACUAUACACUUUAAAUUUGUAAUUUUUGCAGCCAAUGCGAAAAUCACCGCCUUGUGUCAGCGUUUAUUGUACCGAUAUCGUUACUCCCAAGGUUGAAAGGAAAAAGAAAAGGUUCCUUUUUUAAAAAUAUACUCGCUUUUAUUGAGGAGUUUGCAGCCUUUUCUGA